AUGCUCGGCUACCGGGGGCCCAAGUUCCAGGCCAGUGCUGUGUGCACUAGACUACGCUGCGCCCCACAGCUCUGCAGUCACCCCGACCCCCAGUCUCCUCUCCCAGCCAGGCACCGUGCAUUUGAACCCUGGACUCCAGAGGCCAAAGGCUGGUCGCUCGAGCCCGGUUGUGCCAGUAGCUGGCGUCCCCUGCCGGAGGGGUCCCCUGCUGCGGGGAGGGGCUCCGGAUUCUUGUCUGUGACGUGUCCUCUUCAGCAGGGUCUGUGCUGCGCCCCCGAAGGACCGGCCCACCAUGCACCACCCACUUCUCCACUUCUGCCUCUUCCUGCUGUGCCAUGAGCUACAUGGGCACCGGCUGCCCCCACCAGGAGGCGCCGCUGGGACCGUCAAGCCCCCAGGGAUGGAAGUCGCCCCCCUCCCCACUUCUCCCGACAUGCCCAGCUCCCAUCAGGCUGCUGCCAGGGUGUUCCUCGACUCCCUCCUGGGGCGGCUUCCCCAGCCGGGGCUCCCAGGGGUGGGGGUCUCCUGCCAGGACUUGCUGCCCGAGGCCCUGGAGGGUUUCUCCCAGCUCCCGCCGCUGCCCCAGACCCUCGCCAGCGCGGCCUUAGCCCUCUCCCUCCAAGGGGCUGGCUGCCCCCGCCAGGCCGAGGGGCUGGUGCUGCGGCUCUACGGGGCGGUGGGGAUGGAUGAUGCCAACGCGCUGCUGCUGGGGAUAGCAGGACGCCCAGGAAGCCCCAGCCAGGGCAAGAGAGGCAGGACCGCCCUGCUCUUCAAUGUGGAUCAGCUGGCAGGGGUGGGCCCCCGGCGUUGCUCGGGCCUGGCCCAGAUCGACAGCUCCCUGCUGCUGGGCCCGGUGGCCAGCACCCACACCACCUUCCCAGACGCCGCCAUGGCCUGCCACAGGCUGGGCCCUGCCUGUGCCGGCGUGACCUCCAACGGGACCACCUCCUUCUCGGUGAUCGGACAGCCCGGCGCCUACGCCCUGCCGGGCCGAGGGGUCCAGGCCUGGCUCCACCGGUGCCGCGGGGCAGGGAGGAAGCGGCGCGGGAGCCCGGAGGCCUGCAGCAGCGCGCGGGAGCGGAAGGUGCAUGGCAUACUGGAGUGGGUGCCCGUGGUCAGCACUUACUACAACGUGGGCACCAGCAUCUACUACGCCUUCCAGAACUGCACGGAGCUGGCCAAGGAGCGGGGCAUCGAGGCGGCCCUGGACCUGAGCUACGACGCCCUCCUGGGGCUCUUGGGCACGGCAGGGGGCAACUUGGGCGUCGGCAUAGCCGUGGGGCUGAAGCCGGCCGUCAAAGUGGGGGUGCGGUCGCUGAUUAGCUACUUCCGGCAGGUGGAGCCAUCCGACCCCCCUGCCCACGAGCUCCUUCAGCCCCGUCACCACAGCCGGCUCCUUCGUGCCGCCAUCGGUCUGGGUGUGAAUAAAGCAGGGCGCUGCCCAUUCUUUGAGCCCAGUGCUGGUGUCCAUGAUGGGAGCGGCUGGGGGGGCGCCGAGGAGGGGAGCUGCCUCCACGUGCGAAGAGUUUGGUGGGUCUCAGCCCAGGCCCCGGUGGCCAGCUCUCUCAGCCGCAGUGGGCACGGGGGCUGGAGUCACUCUGGCCAAUUUCCAGCCCCCUGCGGGGUGCUCUGGGGAGGAGGGAAGGACCCUGCCCGCCACUUGCCAACUCAGCAUGAGUACCUGUGCUUGAAAUCGAUAAUGGGCAUCUGAUCUCCCGCCAGGGUU